CAUCGUAACCUCGCCUCCUCUUCCUCGGAGAACCCCCAAGACCUGGAGAAGUGGUACAAUUCCUUCUUACCUUCCGACAUUUUGCUCUCCGGCGAGCCGCGGUUGAUCCACGCAUAUACCACUGCAAUCAGCGGCUUCGCCGCGAGAUUGACCGACGAAGAGCUGUCGGACGUGAAGAAGAAGCCCGGCUUCAUCCACGCCUAUCCCGACCAUCUAGUUCCCCUCCACACCACCCACACGCCGGACUUCUUGGGCCUAUGGAAGAACACCGCCGGCUUCUGGAACAGCUCCAACUACGGCGAGGGUGUGAUCAUCGGCGUGCUGGACUCCGGAAUCUCUCCGGACCACCCUUCGUUCCGCGACGAGGGAAUGCCCCCUCCCCCUGCAAAAUGGAAGGGGGCUUGCGACUUCAGCACGUUCAAGUGCAACAACAAACUCAUCGGGGCGAGGUACCUCGUCAAGGGCUGGGACUUCAUGCACAAAGCCUACGGCUACGAUGGAGCGGAGCAAGAAGAGCCAUUCGACGACUAUGGCCAUGGAACCCAUGCCGCUGGCACGGCUGCUGGUAUGUUCGUCGCAAAUGCCAAUGCACUUGGCCAGGCCACGGGCACCGCCGCCGGAAUGGCUCCCUACGCUCACCUGGCCGUCUACAAGGUGUGCACCGAGAUUGGAUGCUUCAUCUCCGAUAUGCUUGCUGGUCUGGACAACGCCAUCAAUGAUGGCGUCGAUGUGCUCUCACUCUCCCUCGGCGGAUACUCGCUCCCUUUCUUCAACGAUGGUAUCGCCAUCGGCGCGUUCAGAGCGGUCGAGAAGGGCAUCUUCGUAAGCUGCGCCGCGGGCAACGAAGGCCCGUUCAAUGGCACGGUGUCGAACGAGGCUCCAUGGAUCCUUACGGUCGGCGCGAGCACCAUUGACAGGGAAAUUCGGGUGACUGUCGAGCUUGGCAAUGGAGUCGAGCUCAUUGGACAGUCCGCCUACCAACCCCGUGACUUCCUCUCCACCGAGCUGCCUCUGGUGUAUCCUGGCCUCCACGGAGGUUCCCGCGCGGCCGUCUGCAAGAGUGGCUCCCUUGAAGACAUCGACGUCAGAGGAAAGGUGGUGGUGUGCGACGCCGACGGCGAGGUCGGCCGGGUGAAUCAGGGCCGGACCGUGAAGAGCGCCGGCGGGGCCGCCAUGAUACUAAGAAACAAAGAAACCAGUGGAUUCACCACCAUGUCUGAUACCCACGUACUUCCGGCUGCCCAUGUAAGCUACUCCGAUGGACUCAAGAUCAAAUCAUACAUUAGUUCAGCUUCGGCUCCGACUGCCUCGAUCGCUUUCCAUGGUACCGUAAUCGGAAAGUUUCCGGCUCCGGCGGUGGCUUCGCUCUCAGCCAGAGGACCCAGCCGGGCCGAUCCCAACAUCCUGAAACCGGACAUCGUCGGACCCGGGGUGAACAUUUUGGCCGCAUGGCCUUUCCCGGUUGGGUCAGCCGGCAAUGGAGCUGCCACGUUUAACAUAAUCUCCGGCACGUCCAUGGCCACUCCACACCUCAGUGGAAUUGCAGCCCUGCUAAAGAGCGCCCACCCGGAGUGGUCGCCGGCCGCCGUCAAGUCGGCGAUCAUGACUACCGCCGACUUGACUGCAAAUGACGGCGAGCCGAUCCGCGACCAGAUCAUGAAUGUCGCCGACUUCUACGCCGUAGGAUCAGGCCAUGUCAAUCCUUCAAGAGCCGCCAAUCCAGGCCUCAUCUACGACGUCGAUACCGGCGAUUAUGUCGCGUAUCUCUGCGGCCUGCAGUACACCGAUGAACAAGUGAGCGCAGUCGUCAGCCGCACGAUCAAAUGUUCCGGCAUCGAGAGCAUAUCCGGUGCCGAGCUGAACUACCCUUCGUUCACGGUGUUCCUGAACGCGGAGAACGACUAUAAGUUGACGGUCAGACGGACAGUGACCAAUGUGGGUGAGCCCAGGUCCACGUACAGGGUUCGGGUCAAGUCUCCAACGGGGGUUCUAGUGUCAGCGGAACCUAAAAAGCUCUCCUUCUCAAAGGCUAAUGGGACAGCUCAGUACUCCGUUACGUUCUCUAAAAGCGGCAGAAUUAGGAAGGGAGCUGAGAAAGGGUUAUUGACAUGGGCUUCGUCAGAUAAAAUUACAAUGGUUAAUAGUCCAAUCAUGGUGUCCAUCAUGUGAAAGGCUCAAGGAUUAAUGUUAGGACUUCCAUCACUAAGGAUUUUGUGCAUGGCUGAACGCCGGGAGUUUCGCCAUUUUGUUUUAUUGUUCUUAUUUUCAUGUAAAAGUGCAUCUUUGGUGAUGGUCUCAACAACGCUCCCUUGUAACUGG